AUGUUGGUACUACUUGAAACACCGGCAGGCUACGGGCUGUUUAGAGUGACAAACUCAAAAUUAUUGAGUAUGGACACGGAUGAAAUUGCAGAAUAUUUUCAGAAUCCGGACAAGGUUCAGAAGUCUAUUUCUUUGGAAUCCUUUUUAAGAUUUAAAGACACAAAGUCAGCAUUAGUUGAGGCAACAGCUUUAGUUGAGUCAAAAUUAAGUAAAGGUCUUUCUAAGUUCAUUAAGAAGAAUAUUCCAAACCCUGCCUCUGAAUCUCUAGCUGUUGCAGAUAAGGUACUGGGCGGCCUUAUAAAACAAAAAUAUGAAAUUGACGUUGUUUAUAAUCCUAAAAUGCAAGAAGUCAUGAGGGGAAUCAGAAAUCAAUUAACUGAUUUACUCACUGGGUUAACUGAAAAAGAUAUGAAAACUAUGGCAUUGUCCUUAUCUCAUUCUCUAGGAAGAUUUAAGUUGAAGUUUAGCCCAGAAAAAAUUGACACAAUGAUUAUUCAAGCUGUAGCAUUAUUAGAUGACUUAGAUCGUGAAUUGAAUAACUAUGCAAUGAGAUUGAAAGAGUGGUAUGGAUGGCAUUUUCCAGAACUUGGAAAAAUUAUAUCAGAUCGCGAUGUAUAUGCAAAUUGCAUCAAGGUAAUUGGUUUCAGACAUUGUACUCGUGACGCGGAUUUACAAUCUCCACCAUGUAAUAUUCCAAGUGAAAUGGAAGCUGAAAUUAAACAGGCUGCGGAAAUUUCCAUGGGAACAGAAAUUACUGAGGAGGAUUUGAAGAAUAUUAUAGAACUAUGUGAUCGUGUGCUGGAGCUUUCAGAGUAUAGAGAAUCUCUAUCUACAUAUUUGAAGACAAGAAUGUCUACAAUUGCUCCAAACCUUACAUAUAUGGUCGGAGAGCUUAUAGGUGCACGUUUGAUUUCUCAUGCAGGUAGUUUAAUGAACCUUGCAAAGCAUCCCUCUAGUACUGUUCAAAUUCUGGGGGCAGAGAAGGCUUUAUUCAGGGCACUUAAGACUAAAAAAAGUACUCCAAAAUAUGGACUUAUAUAUCAUGCGGCGGUUGUAGGACAAUCUGCACCUAAACUUAAAGGUAAAAUUAGCAGAAUAUUAGCAGCAAAACUUUCACUAUGUAUUCGUGUUGAUGCUCUUAAUGAUCAAAAUGAACCAACCGUAGCAAUUGAGAACAAACAAUAUGUUGAGAGAAGAUUAGAAGAACUUAGCAACCAAUUAACUUCUGGUCGUCUCUCCUCUGCAGGAGGAAACAAAAGACCAUCAACUCCCUCAUAUAGCCCCGUUAAAUCUAAAGCUCUGGGUUCUUACGACUCAUCAAUGGAUGUUGUCGGAAGCAAGAGAAAAUCAUCGGGAGGUACUCAUGAAGAAGGUUCACCAGACAAAAGAGCUAAACAUUAG